CAUGGAGAACAGGAGAUGCCUUUGCAGCAUUUGGAGUUUCUGCCUGUGUCAAAGACAGAUUCUUCUGGUGAAAGUAAAAGUCCUCAAUUCCCAAUGAAACAAUGCAAAAUGUAUGAAAAGCUGCUCAGCACUGAGGAUGACAGUGAUGACCCAUUAUCAUCAUUUGAAACUGGGGACAGAGUGUUGGUAAAGCAGAGCCAGCCUGGAACUCUGAUAUUCAAAGGCCAGACUCAUUUUGGCAGUGGGCACUGGGCUGGUGUUGCACUGGACAAAGCUGAAGGUGACAAUGCUGGAACUUACGAAGGGGUGAAGUAUUUUGAGUGUGCUCAGCACUGUGGGGUCUUUGUCAGACCUGAUGAGAUUUCACACCUGUUUGGGGUUAACAAAAAUAGUUCCAGUUCCAUGGGGAAUGAAGACUCUGACUCCUUCCAUGAUGAUGAUGACUCCCUCAAAGGAGACUGCAACUAUUCUGAAGAUGAUGAGCAGAGAGUGGGGUUUGCAGAGGAGAAAGCAGAAGACACAAACAGUGCAGGAGGUUCAGAAGUGAAAGAAAACCAGUCUGGGUUACACAGUGCCUUGCUGUCUGGAAAAGGGCAAAAGUUUCCUUAUUCCAACCAGAGUAACAAUAAUGAAUUCCUCUGGCAAAAAAACUUAAUGUGCUUGGGAUCAGAUAAAGAAAAAACAGAACUGGCACAAAUAAAACAAACUGUAUUUGCAGAUGUUCUUCCAGAGAAAAGCAAGACAGAUGAGGUAAACACAAGCAAAAAUAUUUGCUGCUUGGUAGAGGAUCAGAAAAGAAUUAAACUUGCUGAUGAUAUUGCAAGUGAACUCAGUAAAAAACUUCUGUUUGACAUUUUAAUUGCAUUUUCUGAAACAGCUCAACACAAAUAUAAAAAUGCCUUUGAAAAAGACAUGAUGAAUUAUGGCAACGGCCUGAGGCAAGAAGACAAUCAGAAACCGUUUCCCCUCAAAGAAAAUUCAGUUGCUGCCUUAUCUGAACCAUCAGCAAAGGUUUCUGAUGUUUUACUGGGUGAUUUUGAUACGCUUUGCAUUCAUGGUUGUCACACAGUAACAGACAGAAUUGUAACUAAAUUUAUAGAUGAUGCAGUUAAAGAAUAUAAGAAGAUUAAAAGAAAACACAGAUCAAAAGCAGACAAGAUACUUCAUUUAUCUCCAGAGACUUCUCCAACCACUUUGCCUAUCCUUUUAAAAAUCCUCGAUGCCGGUGUUUUUGGAAGCCCUGAAGAUUUUGAUCAGCCUAAUUCUGACCAAAACAUGCUGGUGAGACAGACACAAAAGCAACACUUGUACAAAUCAGACCAGUGGCACUCAGCUCCUUGGAAGAAAACUGUGGAAGUCCCUCUUGUGAUACCACAUAACAGUUCUUAUGUUAAAAAUUUGUCUGCAUAUGCUGUGGAAGAAUUAUGGACCCCAGAGAACAUAAAAUCAAAUUUCAGGAACAUCAGCGUGCCAAAGUACUUGGAAUAUAGUGAUCUCUCGAGGAAUGCUUUGGAAGCAGAAAGCAAGAGGAUGUAUAAUCAGGUUAUAUUUGAUUUGAGCCAUGAGUUGCUGCGUGAAGAGUAUCAAGUGACUGCAAAGCCAAAUACGUUCCCAUGGAUGAAAAAAGAAGUGGGAUCUCCCUGUUCCAGGCAUCUCUGCAGAAGGACAGACAUCAGAGAUGUCAAGACAUUUGUUCAGGGUGAAAUUAUUAAAAUAAUGAACCUGGAAAAGAAUGACUUAGAAAUGAAAAGAAAAUUCCUAAAUAUGACCAAGUAUGGAAACUGUAAGAGAGACAGAGUGGACCUUAUUCUGUAUGCUGUGGAACUGCUUAAAAGGAGCCUGGAGAUGGCUUCAGAGAGGUGGCACAGGGAAUGGCAGGACCUGGAGCCAGACAAUCAGGUUAAAUGUCUAUAAUUUUAUGCAAAUGAGGCAAAUGCCGAUGUGAUGCACUUCAAAUUGGAGAUUUUUUCUAUCAGCACCUUCAAUUCCUAACAAUUAGAUGUGUGCCUGUAAUUGGGUUAUUUAUCAUGCAAUUCACAGGAGCCCAUUGAAUUUUUAUGAUAUCUGAAUGUGGGGUGCUGAGAGUGCUUUAAUAGACAAAAGAGAGGAAAUCAAUACUGCUUUUGUAUUGGCAAAACUGGAAAAAUCAAGAUUUUGACAAGGAAAUAGAAGCAUUUCCUCAGCAUGGUAAUUGUUCACUGUGCUAAUUGCUGUAGUCCCACCUAUUUUGUAUUGAGAAAAUCAAAUUUUUGUUCUUUUUAAAAUAAAUACCGUGCAAAUAUUUCUUACUGGAAUUCAGAAACUGUUCAUUAUUGAAUAAUUGAUUGUAAAGAGAUCAGAUUUUUUCCAAUCCUAUUCAGAGAUUCUUUCAAAUAAAAUUAGAAUCAGGAUCAAUAAAGAUAAAUUAUGUAUAAAACUUAAGAUUUAAAAAUACAGUACUUAAAAUCUGCUUGGGGGAAUAGACAUUUUGUUUGUGUUUUUAAAUGCUGUUGCCUUAUCUUUUCUUGUACUUGUUUUCUGAA